GCUUCCUGAGAUGUAGCUGCUGCUGCCUGUAAUUUGCAAUUGCAACAGCCCCUGCUGUGCCCAGAGGCCCGCCUGAGCGGCUCUGGGAGAGAUCUCACAGCAAGGUCCUGUUCCUAGCCAAGGUGGGGACUGUCUCUGGCUGUCACUAGUCUCCUAGGGAGACACAGGACUCUGCAGGGGGACAGAAAAGAGAAAUGGCUGCGUUGGAGCCAGCUCAGGUCCUGGUGACAUUUGAGGACGUGGCUGUGUAUUUCUCUCGGGAGCAAUGGGGCCUUCUGGAUGAUAUGCAGAGGGCCCUCUACAGGGAUGUCAUGCAGGAGAAUUACCAGACUCUGGUCUCACUGCCAGGAUCUUCCAUUCCCAAACCUGACGUGAUUUCCCAGAUGGAACGAGGGGAAGAGCCAUGGGUCCCAGACCUCCAGAGCUCCCAGGAAAGGGAGAUCCCAAGAGGUGCUCGAACAGCAGGGGAUGACGUCAUCGCCCGGAGGAAUCCCGCAGGCGAUAGGCCGACCAUAUGCAAUGAGUGCGGGAAGAGCUUCAGGGGGAGCUCAAACCUCGUUCAGCAUCAGAGGAUCCACACGGGGGAGAGAACUUACGAAUGCGCAGCCUGUGGGAAGAGCUUCCGCCAGCGCUCGCACCUCCGCCAGCACUGGAAGAUCCACACGGGGGAGAGACCCUUUGAAUGCCCUGACUGUGGGAAGAGCUUCAGCGUGAGCUCCGCCCUCAUUAGGCACCAGAAAACUCACACGGGCGAGAGACCCUAUGCAUGCGCUGAGUGCGGGAAGAGCUUCAGCGUGAGCUCUGCCCUUACGAGGCACCAGCGGAUCCACACGGGGGAGCGGCCCCACGUCUGUGCCGAGUGCGGGAAGAACUUCAGCGUGAGCUCCCACCUCGUGCAGCACCAGCGGAUCCACACGGGGGAACGGCCCUACGUGUGCGCUGAGUGUGGGCGGAGCUUCAGCCAGAGCUCCCACCUCCUCCAGCAUCAGAGGGUCCACUCGGGUGAGCGGCCCUACGAAUGCACCGAGUGCAGGAAGAACUUCAGCCAGAGCUCGGACCUCAUCAAACACCAGAGAACCCACUCGGGAGAGCGACCCUACGAAUGCUCUUGCUGCUUUAAAAGCUUCACCUGGAACUCAGCGCUCAUUAAACACCAGAGAGCGCACACGGGACCGAGACCCUAUGAGUGUGGCCAGUGCGUGGAAAGCUUUAGCCAGAGCUCAGCCCUCAUCAUCCCGUAGAAUCUCCUUCCUUGGAAGUUUUUAAGGUCAGGCUUGACAAAGCCUUGGCUGGGAUGAUUUGAUUGUGGAUUGGUCCUGCUUGAGCAGGGGGUUGGACUAGAUGACCUCCUGAGGUCCCUUCCAACCCUGAUAUUCUAUGAUUCUAUGAUUCUAUGAUUCUAUCCCUCAGAGAAACCACAUGUGGCAGCAACCCCACUGAUGGAGCAUCAGGACACCAGCCAGUGUAACGCACUUGCUCUUAUGAGCAAGUCACUUCAGCUCUCUGUGCUGCGUCUUCCACCUCUGUCUUAAGGAAAAUGAGAACAAUGGGAUUCUCUGAUCCUUGUUCUGCUCACCCAUCACCAGCUGGGACUUUCCCAGAAUUAUAGGGUUUGGGAGGCUUCUUUUCCUUUUACUAUAGAGUGGAUUGAGUGCUGUUUCUGGAAAGCCAGGUUUAGGAGGUUUUCCAGUGAGUUUGGUUCCAGUUUCAGUAAAGUCUUUAUUUGUUGCUGUGGGUCCUUGGAAUUUGGGUUUGAAAUGUUAAAAAUUCUCAAUAAAGUUUGCGUUACGGUACCACUGUCUUGGAAAUUUUCUUAGUGCUCAGAGUGCCAGAGGCUAAUUUCCCCAGAUUGAAUUAUUCCCACUCAGUUUUCGGUAUGCAGCCCAUUUACGAAUAGUGUCUGUGAACGUCCAGGAGACAGGUAUGUGAGACCCCAACGUGGUGACUCAGAGCCAGAGGACUGGUUCACUGACAAGUUGGAAAUAUAGACUCUUUCAGCAGCAGAUUCACUUCUGCCGCCUGGUAACAACUUGAACUUUUGUCUCUCCUCUCUGGAUCAUAUUUAACUUCUUUAGAUCCCAUUUCAACAAAGCACUUAAAAUGCUUAUGUCCCAUUGACAUCAGUGAGACUUUAGCAAGUGUUUAAAGUUAGUAAGUGGUUUGUUGAGUAGAGAUGAACAUAAGCAUGCGUUUUAGGGCUUUGCUGAAUGAGAGUUUAAUUCCCUAAAUUCCAGGACUGUCAGUUCAACAGUGGGAUUGUUCAUUCAGGGUGGGUUUUCAAAAGCACCAGAAGGAGUUAUUGGAUUUCUGUGGGAGCUGGGCACAUAAAUCACAUCUUAAUAAGGGUAGUCAGAGCAAGGUGUCAGCGAGGUUGGGGCUUCCUUCACAGAAGAGAGAUGGAUCGGAGCUAGAUUUUUAAACCACUGCACAAAGAAUUACAUCCUCUUACUUGUUAAUACCGGUUGUUAUGCUUGUAAAUUUGGAGAUCAUUGUGAUGAGUCACAGAAUUCCUAUUAAUUGAUUAAACAAACCAAACCAAUUAAAAAACCAAAACUAAAAACAAAUCAAUGCCCCUAGAAAAUAACCCUUCACUACCCCAGUGGGAUGCAAUCUGGGGGAUUGUGCUUGUGUGACUCCUCAGUAGGCAAGGUAACACAAUUAGCCCAUGUUUUGAUGUCAAUAAAUAGACUAAGCCUUGGACACUCCGCACUUCCUGGGACAGUGCUUCUGAGAAUUGUUAUGUUGUAACAAUACAAUGUCUGUUGUUAUAGUGGGUGUACCUGAGGCUCUAGCCCAGAGCAGGUAUUAAUUUUGUAUCCUAUAUCAUAGAAUCAUAGAACCAUAGAAUAUCAGGGUUGGAAGGGACCUCAGGAGGUCAUCUAGUCCCACCCCCUGCUCAAAGC